CAACCCUAUGCCGUGGGCUCCCAGAAUGGCAGGCCGGAUGCGGGCUAACUGCGCAGGCCUAGUGCAGUUACGGCUCCCGCACACAUCGCUGAGUGCCGAGCUGUAGAUCUCGAAUAUCGGGCAAGACUGCAUAGGAUGGAAUCCUGACCUGGUGCUCACAAAUCUGUGUCCUUCCCGCCCGGAGGCAGAGCGUGCACGUCCUCGGCAGGCCCGGCCCACAGCCCCAAUGGAGGGUGCAAUGCAGCUGCUGAGCCGUGAGGGCCACACUGUGUCCCACAAUUCCAAACGGCACUACCAUGAUGCCUUCGUGGCCAUGAGCCGCAUGCGGCAGCGUGGCCUCCUGUGUGACAUCGUCCUGCACGUGGCAGCGAAGGAGAUCCGAGCACACAAGGUGGUGCUGGCUUCUUGCAGCCCCUACUUCCACGCCAUGUUCACAAAUGAGAUGAGUGAAAGCCGCCAGACGCAUGUGACUCUGCACGACAUCGACCCUCAGGCCUUGGACCAGCUGGUGCAGUUUGCGUACACUGCUGAGAUUGUGGUGGGCGAAGGAAACGUGCAGACUCUGCUCCCAGCGGCCAGUCUCCUGCAGCUGAAUGGCGUCCGUGACGCCUGCUGCAAGUUCCUGCUGAGUCAGCUCGACCCCUCCAACUGUCUGGGCAUCCGGGGCUUUGCUGACACGCACUCAUGCAGCGACCUGCUCAAGGCAGCACACAGGUAUGUGCUGCAGCACUUCGUGGAUGUGGCCAAGACUGAGGAGUUCAUGCUGUUGCCACUAAAGCAGGUGCUGGAACUGGUCUCUAGCGACAGCCUGAACGUGCCUUCAGAGGAAGAUGUCUACCGUGCCGUCCUGAGCUGGGUCAAACAUGACGUGGAUGCUCGGAGGCAGCAUGUCCCGAGGCUGAUGAAGUGUGUGCGCCUGCCCCUGCUGAGCCGGGACUUCCUGCUGGGCCACGUGGAUGCGGAGAGCCUGGUGAGGCACCAUCCUGACUGCAAGGACCUGCUUAUUGAGGCCCUCAAGUUCCACCUGCUACCAGAGCAGAGGGGCGUUCUGGGCACCAGCCGUACACGGCCCCGGCGCUGUGAGGGAGCUGGCCCGGUACUCUUUGCUGUGGGUGGUGGGAGCCUAUUCGCCAUCCAUGGGGACUGUGAAGCCUACGACACACGCACUGACCGCUGGCACGUGGUGGCCUCCAUGUCCACGCGCCGGGCCCGAGUGGGUGUGGCAGCAGUUGGGAACCGGCUGUAUGCUGUGGGUGGUUACGAUGGGACUUCAGACCUGGCCACCGUAGAGUCGUACGACCCUGUGACCAACACCUGGCAGCCUGAGGUGUCCAUGGGCACGAGGCGCAGCUGCCUGGGUGUAGCUGCCCUGCACGGGCUCCUGUAUGCAGCUGGUGGCUACGAUGGGGCCUCCUGCCUCAACAGUGCUGAGCGCUACGACCCUCUGACGGGAACAUGGACAUCCAUCGCUGCCAUGAGCACCCGGAGGCGAUAUGUACGUGUGGCCAUGCUUGAUGGGAACCUAUAUGCUGUGGGUGGUUAUGACAGCUCAUCACACCUGGCAACUGUGGAGAAGUAUGAGCCCCAGGUAAACGCAUGGACCCCCGUGGCCUCCAUGUUGAGCCGACGAAGUUCAGCAGGGGUGGCGGUGCUGGAGGGGGCCCUCUACGUGGCCGGCGGCAAUGAUGGCACCAGCUGCCUCAAUUCUGUGGAAAGAUACAGCCCCAAGGCCGGUGCCUGGGAGAGCGUGGCACCCAUGAACAUCCGAAGGAGUACACACGACUUGGUGGCCAUGGACGGCUGGCUGUAUGCCGUGGGAGGCAACGACGGCAGCUCUAGCCUCAACUCCAUCGAGAAGUACAACCCAAGGACCAACAAGUGGGUGGCCGCGUCCUGCAUGUUCACGCGGCGCAGCAGCGUGGGCGUGGCCGUGCUCGAGCUGCUCAACUUCCCACCGCCCUCCUCGCCCACGCUGUCCGUGUCGUCCACCAGCCUCUGACCCGCGGCGCGGACUGCACUGAGGCCCGGCCCCCCGGCCUCCCACAUGCCUUAAGCCCCACAGGGCGGGCCCCAGCGCCUUGUGUGUCGGGGGCAGGAUGCUCGGCCCCCCCACCAGGAAAGUCUUGCCCUGUCUGUCCUUGUCUCUCUGCGUCGAGGCUGUCCAUGUCUGUUCGUUUUUCAGUGUUUGUUUACGUGUGUGCCAUUUAUUUACUUACUGGUUUAUUUAUUUAUUAUUUAUUGGUCGAUGAGCCGUGCAGCACCUACUAGUUUACAUGUUUCCCCUUGAAGUGUCCUGUGUCUCUGGGACCAAGCUGCCUUUCCAGGUGUCCUCCUGUCCCCCUGGGGGCAUCAAGAAGCAAUGGGUGUGGACACUUGAAUCUCGCAUGGGUCAGGGGUGAACUCCAACUCUGUAGACCUGGAGGGACUGAGGGGACAGGUGCAGAGCAGCAGGCCAGGGUUAGUGGGGUGGAGGUUUUCUGAGCAGGUGCAGACCCUUCUAGCCUGGGCUUAGCAUAGCACCCCUACCUUGCCCAGCCAGGCACGCUCCCAAGAAGGGCAUGAAGCAAGCUUCCUUCUUGUGGGCAUGGUGUCUCUUCUGGAUCCUGCACUGAGCUGAGCACAAGCGUGCCACAGAUCCCACACAGCAAUAUGAGCCAACUUGAACAAUAAACAUGUUUCUUGGGC